GCCUCACUCAGCAUGGAUGCAAUCUUCAAGCAGAUCAAGGAGGAGUAUGCCAAGAGCGACGAUAAUGGCAAAAGACAAAUCCAGGGAUAUAUCCGUGAGCUUCAAGUCGGCUUCUAUUCCGACUGGGAUGUGGUUAUGCGGUUGAGCAGCGGCCCGCUGCAGGUCGCCCUGGCCAAAGUUGCAAUUGACUUGGGUAUCUUUCGUACUUUGAAAGAGAGUGAGACGCCGGUAACCCUGGCACAAUUCGUGGAAAAGACCGGCGCUUCACCCAGGCUCCUCGGCCGUAUUCUGCGCACUCAGGCUUCGUUUGGGCUCAUCAAGGAGACGGGUCCCCAAGAGUACACCUCCAGUGCGUUUACGGAUGUCUUCGUCAAUCCCGACGCGGCCGGGGCCAUUGCUCAGCUAUUCGAUAUUUCGGGACCCUGCACGCAAAUCCUGCCGGACUAUCUUGCGGAGAGGAAUUACCAAGAUAUCACCUCCAACAAGGACUGCGUUUUCCAAAAGGCCUUCAACACUGACGUGACCAUGUUUGAAUGGAUGCCCCAGUAUCCUAAACACAUGCAAUCUCUGGGUCAUUUGAUGGCACUCAAGCGCCCGGUCGUCUGGGUCGACUAUUUCCCAGUCCUGGAAGAGCUGGGCGACUUUCCUGGCCCUGACAAGGCUCUGAUGGUCGACGUCGGCGGCGGGUUCGGUCAACAAUCCAAAGCCCUACGGGCCAAGUUCCCCAAUCUGGCUGGUCGGGUCAUUGUCCAGGACAUUCCACAAACCCUGGCUGGAGCUCAACCGGCCGAAGGCGUCGAGUUUAUUGCGCACAAUUUCUUCGAGCCGCAGCCGAUCCAGGGUGCAAAAUUCUACUAUCUGCGCCAUGUCUUCCACGACUGGCCCGAUGAGCAAUGCGUGCAGAUCCUCAAGCAGAUUAUUCCGGUAAUGGGUCCGCACUCGUGCAUCUUGAUCGAUGAAGUCGUCAUUCCGGCGGUUGGGGUGCCAUGGCAGGCGGCCUUCAUGGAUAUCCUCAUGAUGGACUCGCUCGGAGGUGUUGAGCGGACGCGAGCGGAAUGGGACAACUUGAUGGAGCAGGCAGGGCUGAAAAUCAUCAAGUCCUAUCAGUAUGACGGGAUCGAGCAAGCCAUUAUGAUGGCAGUUCGUAAAUAG